UUCACCACUGCGUGUUAUCCGAACGCGCCUUAUUGACAUUGACAGCUGACGUCAGUUGUCUGUCAUCUCGUGCGUGACGUUUGUUCGUCUGAUCACCACUCACCAGUUUAUCAAGCUUCGCCAAUAUCUCACGAAUACUUGUGAUUGCAGGAUCAGAUCCUGCCAAUAUUGUGUUGUUAGGGUGCUAAAAGUGUGGUGAAGUGAUGGGGAACCACCACAGUCACGAGACUAAGGUCGGUGGGGAGCAAUCGGGCAGUGGCACCAGCACGCCGCGAGGCUCGCAGCGCGGCGCUGGCUCGCGCUCGGGCUCCGGCGGUGACUUGCAAGGCUUGGCGGAGGCCAAGGAGAAGGCGCCGCCGUCUAUGGUGCCCGUGGAGAAGCUCGGCAAGCUGCUGGUGCAGAGAUCACAGAAAGAAGAUGGCGUUAAUGGUGUCACAGAGAAAUCCUUCACAAAGUACCUGUUCCCGAUGUACCCGGAGCUGGCGCGGCAGUUCUUCCGGCACAUCCACCGCGCCGCCAAGUGCAAGAACAAGCACAUCCCGCUCACCGCCUUCCGACAGCAGUGCGAGAAGAUCCUCGCCAUGCUUGAUGACGCGCUCAUCAUCGAGACCUAUGUCAGGAUGUUCGCUGCGGAGACGGACGACAACAUGGUGAUGCCGGAGGGUCUGCGCAGCCUGCUGUACACCAGCUACAAGCUCUCCAUGGACCACUAUCCCGAGGGCCCACAGACCUGUCUCAUGAUCAACAAGACGCUGUCGUCGGUGGUGAACGGCUGCUUCAACAACAAGGACAUGCACAGCGUCGGCUUCGUGGUGCGCUGGCUCGAGGAGCACUGCCACAGGCUCAUAUUCCCUGUACAUAGAUACUGCGUCCACAUGCUAGCCACCCGUCACCGGGACAUCGAAGCGUCCGUAGAAUCGAGUGGUUCAGGCGCCGGCCUGGAACUGGGCACCCCAGUCCUGGAGCGCGGCAACUGGGCAGCUGGGAGUGCAUUACUCCCAGUGUCGGUAGCCUGGCUGCUGGCGGGCACGGCGCCGGCGCUGUACUCGCGGCCGGUGGCGGCGCCGAGCGCGGGGCUGGCGUCGGCGGCGUGGCUGGCGCGGCUGGUCUGCGCGGUGCCGUCGCACUGGGUGCCGCUGUAUGCCUCCAGAGAUCAUGGCUUGGGGGCCAACCGGUUCUUGCAUCAUACGCUGGCGUAUAGAGGUCCGACGCUGGUGCUGGUGCAGGCUGGCACCUUGGUGGUGGUGAUAUGCGCGGCGGCGGAGUGGCGCGAGACGCACCAGUACUGGGGCUCGCAGGACUGCGCCCUGCUGCAGCUCAUGCCCACGUUCGCGGUAGUAGAGAAGGCGCCUAAGAUGUUGUACCUGAACACGUGUAUCCGCGGGUACCCCAAGGGGCUCCGCGCCGGGUCCGACCCGCGCAAGCCGCUGCUCAGCAUACCGGAGGACUUCGACUCGCUCGUCUUCAAGGGGGUGCCCUACGAGCUGCAGUCUAUUGAGGUGUGGGGCUGCGGCGACACGGCGUCGCGGGAGACGCAGCUGGAGAUCAAGAAGUGGCAGGUCAAGGAGGCUGAGCGACAACGACAUGUGAAGCUGUCAGCUGCCGACUGGAUCGAGCAUCCCGACAGAUACCUGCUGGAGCUGGCCGGUCGGCCGCAGUACAACAACUCGGCCAGCUAGUGAUGUCAUACACUCGAUAGUUAGUGAUGUCACCUCGACACAGUGCUAGUGACGCGCCUUAAACCUCGGACUAUACUUGUAACCACUUAUAUGUCGAUAACUCGUUAUUAAGGCGUACGGUGGUGUAGCCCAAGUGACUAGUGAUGUACACUGCGGUAUCGAUAGUCGCAAGUGUUGAACGCUUUACUACGUAAGUAGCGCACAAAUGUGCCGUCUAUCAUAUCAUAUAUUUGCUAUUAUUUUUUCGACCUUUCUAUCGAUUUUUGUUCAGAAUAUCUCAUUCAUAGGGCCCAAAUUAUCCCUUGAAAUUAUGUCUUAUUUGUGCACUUUUAAACUAUUUGCUUUAAGAAAUUAAAGCCACAAGACCUACUGGAUUUAUCCUACCAUAUUUUUAUGUUUAGCACUGCCUCAACAUUUGUGUGAAUGAGGGUUUUUGAAAUUUUUUCUGCCACCGGGUGGCGCCACGUAUGCGUCUGGUCCAAACAGCUGUCAAAUAGUAUGGAAUUGUAGGUGCCGAACUUAUUGUUUAUUGAAAUUCUGUUAUAUUGGAAGUGUUAUUGAUUUUAUUAUGGACUACGGUCAGAAUAAGGUUUCCGAACUAAAAAUUGAGCUAAGAGAGAGGGUGCAAAAGUCACUGGUACUAAGGAAAAGCUUGUUGAAAAAUUUGUUAACACAAUAUGAUUUAGUUUUUUUUUAUUUACUCAACCGCAAUAGUAAAACAAUAAUGCAGUGCUUUAAUUAUAAAAUAAAAAAAACACUUAAAUCGUUCACUAUUCAUAGUAAAGAUAAGCACUUUGACAGUUAUUGGACCUGACGACUCGGUGCUGCCACCUCGUGGAUUGCCAUUUUAGAAAACCCUCAUUGUUUGUGAAUCGAAAAUGCACAGUCAAGUCGUUUACUGCACUUCUAUGUUAUAAUCUUCGACACGUACUUAUUAUUCGUACUUAAACCUUAUUUAUUUCACCCUUAUAUCUAUCAACUUAGUCAUUUAAAAACUAUAACUCUUAUUGUUUAACUUGUCUUGCUUGUUUCCCAAAAACUAAUAAAUCUUUGCUAAAUAAAAACCUUUUUACAGAAAAUCAUAAUGUUGCUCAAUGAGAAAAUGAUAUUUUCGUAUGAAAACAUUGCUUCAUUUAUAAAUGUGUCAGGCUGGGAGCUGAGGCGAUUAUGAAGUGCCUUUUUAAUAUUUUAUCAGUUUUUUGACGAAAUCAUAAAAAGGAUUGAUUUAUCAGAUUGAAUUCGGCCUUAAAAAUAUAGUAGUCUUAUAUUUUAUGAUAAGCCUUGCCUGAUAGAAGAAAAAUAUUUUUAUUGUAACACAUGAAUUAUGUAACAAGUUAUUAUAUAUUGAACUCAUAAUAUUUGUAUUUAUAAUUAAGUAUGGGUUUGUAUUCAAAGCCUAACAUUUUGAUAUUGAAGCUCACUAAUAUUAUAUCGUUAUUAUAAAGUACCUACAAGUUGCUUUUAACAUGAAAAUGAAUUUGCUCAUUCUACAGUCACCUACACAAGGCCUUUUAGAUACAGAUGCAUUUUACUGUAUGAUACCAAAUAAUAUACCUGACUGGCAGAAUGAAAACAUGUUUGAUAAUGAAUAGAGCACGAAGUUUAAGAAGCAUUUGACGCGAGCUUCAUAUUAGUUGUAUAUCGUUCCUAUUGUAUAAGCCAUAUUCGCGAGUCACUUAGGAUCUAUGUAAUUCUCAUAAACGGUGUUUUGUUAUAUUAUAAAUGGACCAAAAUGUUAAAAUAAUAUUGUAUUUAAAUGGUAAGCAGCCAGUUUACGUGUAAAUGUAAUAUGUUGGCUUGAAACGAAUCGCGAUCUCAACUGUUUGGCGAAAUACAAGAUGGCCGCCACGAAUAAUUAUAUCUUUAAUGUUUUUUAAAAUUAUUGACGAGAUCUUAUAAGUUUUAGUAUGAAUUUAGGUUAAAACCCAUUUUGUCAUUAUAACAAAGCAAUGAAAAACGAACAGAAAAGUUAUUUUAAUAUAAAGAUGGCGCCUGAUUCGCUUGUGGUCAUCUCAACUGAAAAUGAUUGGCUGUCGUUAUUGAUAUUAUAAGAGAUCGCGAGUAACAUUUUAUAGUGUCAGUAUAACAAGCUGUAUUGCUAUUUACAUUGUUAAGAUUUAUUGUUUUAUGUUAGACAUCACAGGCAUUAGCUUGACGUAACACGCAGUCAGUAACAUGCGCUUUGUAAUUGUAAUAUAGGUGCUAUUGAAUGCUUUGUAGAUAGGUAAGAAUUUUGUGUAUUAUAAAUGUAAAUUAUAUUAAUAAAUGAAAUAUUUUAUUA